AUGCCGGAAGCAAAGGAGGCUCUUCCAAGUGGCAAGCAAAGUCAACAUUACAUUGAGAAUACCAUGCCUGCCCAGCGACAACUGAAGAACUUCUGGAUUGACUCAUUGGAGGCUGAAGCUAAGGCAUCUGCACCCAGCCCUCUGGCAUCUCUAGGACAUGUUCACAUCCUUGAAUCCUCAUCAUCUCAUCCCCAUGGUCAAUGUGGUGCCCAUACUGGGAUAUUCCCAGCUACUGCUUGUGUUAAUGACAGUCCCAUCUCAUCUCAUGGCCUGGUCCUUGCAAAGGCGGAGCUAUCCCUUCAAAACAUCAUCCUAUGUUUUGAAUACCAAGAUCCCGACAAUGCAAAGGCUAGAGAUCCCUAUGCAUUGGAACCAAAUUAA